CUACAGAAUUCCUUGCGAACACUUUGCGCCGACUGACCCAGCACACGCCCGGCGGUGACGAUAGCAGCGCUGGCAGAAUGCUCCGCCCCGGUCCACCCUGAGGUCACUCGCCUCAGACAAAGCGAGCUCUUCCCGCUGCCUUCCACUGACUCGAGGCCGCAAAGCUACUGCGAGGUCUAACAGCUCGUGCAUUUGCUGUCCGCAGGAGCUCUUUCCGCUUGUUAUCUCCACCGACACUGGUCCCUCUGCCUGCCGCCGACGCAGACCGGAGGCGCUUCUCAGCCUGCCAGGUCGCGGCAUAACGAUGAAGUUUGGCCAGCAGCUGCCGCGCCAGCAGGUCCCAGAAUGGGCGUCCGCGUACAUCGACUACAAGGCGCUGAAGAAGCUGAUCAAGGCUGCCAAGGCGAGCGAGGGCACCAACGGGGAGCCGGAUCUGGCUGAGUUCUUCUUCACGCUUGAUCGCCAGUUGGAGGACAUUGACACUUUCUACAAUCGCAAAUAUGCCGAGAUCUCCCGACGCCUCCGCCUCCUGUACGACCGCUAUGGCAUGGCUUCGAAGCUCAAGGACGGCAUGGAAAAGGAGGACAUUCAGGACCUGACGAGUACAUUACUGGAGCUCCGCGCCCAGGGUCGCAAUCUGCGAUGGUACGGGAAUAUCAACAGGACAGCGUUCGUGAAGAUCACAAAGAAGCUGGACAAGAAGAUUGAGUCUUCGAGACAUCAGUCGCGAUAUCUGUCCACAAAGGUCGACCCAAAGGCUUUUGCGACGAACAAUAAGCUGGAGAUGGACUUGCGCAGCAUCAAUGACUGGUUGCUGCAAUUGACCACAAUCAAGGUGGUUGAUGACGAUGGCUCCGUCGCCUCGGGCAGCUCAGGAUCAAUCCAUCGCAUGGGCUCAAGAGCGUCGCUGAAGAUCUCGUCGGCCGCUCUUGAUGCGAUGGAGAGUGCCAUCUCGCAGGAUAACACUACUGAGCUAUUCGGCUUGAUCGCUACGCAUCUCCCCAAUGUGGCGAACGAUAUGCUGAAAGGUUUGUACCUCGACUUGUUGCAGAGAGCGAUCUCGCAUAAGUCUUUCCAGUGCAUCAAGUCAAUUUUGAGUAAAGUACCUACUAUCGACGCCGACGAUGAUAUGAACAAGCGCAAUUGCCUGCACCGUAUCGUGAUUACAACAGGACGCACGCGAAUUUCCCAAGUAUCAGGAGGCUUCCAAGCGAUUGUUAAGAACUCAAACUUCAUCAAUCCAGCAGAGCCGCCCACGCGUCUGCCGGGUCAGUUCAAGGUCGCAGAGCGAGAUCCCGACCAGGAGCCUUUCAAGGACGACACAGCGGAGCGCCUUUUAGGCUUCAUACUCGAUCAUCUGAGCCAGAAACAAAGGAAGGCCGUAUUGUCCAAGGAUACCUAUGGCCGGACGCCGCUCCACUAUGCAGCGCAAUAUGGCCUUGUGUUCGCAACGCAGCUGCUCAUGAAGCAUCUCCAGGAUUGGCACCUCUUCGAGAUUUCCCAUGGCAUUGACUCGGAAGAGUGGCAGGAUGACGAGGGGUAUGCGCCUUUGCACCUUGCUGUGAUCGGCGGACAUUAUCGGACGACGAAAGCCCUCCUCAUGGCCGACGAUUGGAACGAGCUCACAGAUGCGCCGCUGACGAACAAGCAUGUUGAGAAGAGCGGUGUCUCACUAGCGUUGGCAACAAAAGCCAACUACCACAAGAUCGUGAAGCUACUGGUCGAUGCUGGUGUGGACGUAAAUUACCAGAAUGAGCAAGGCGACACAGCGCUCCACAUCGCUGCUAGGAACGGCCAUGAGGAGUGCGCAACGGCCUUGCUUACUGCGUCCGUCGGAGAACAUCGCACCAAGGUUGAGUUGCCCGACCGAGAUUUUGGCUGGACGCCACUCCACAUUGCGAGUGUGAAUGGUCACUUGAGUAUUGUGAAGCUUCUUCUAGACCAGGGUGCGGAUCCCAACAAGAAAGAUUAUUCUGGCUGGAGGCCUAUCGAACAUGCUGCUCUGCGAGGACAUAUUGAUAUCGCUCGCUACCUGCAUCCGCUUUGUCCAACGCCAGCUCUCAACGCCAGCCCGGAGCUGAAGGCUCAAAUCUCGGGAUCUCCGCCGAAAGGCGCAACCACAUUGGCAGAGCGACGCUCUAAUGGAGUGCCCAAGGAAGAUGCGAAGGCUCGGAUUCCCGAGCCUGUCAAAUCUUUCGGACAUAGAUACCUCACUGACGAGUCCAUGAUUCUUGUCAGUCUGGGAACGCUCGAUGAGAAAAAGGAUUUGAAGCCAAUCAGCCUUGAGGACAUUGCGAUUGCGGAUGCACACGCUACUCAACUGGACACUGCUUUGACUCUGGUGGUUACAGCUCAGGGCGCGACAGGUGAGCCAACGCUCAUCGAUCUUCCCAUCCAGGAGGAAAUCAGUACUACGCCAAUAGUUUUCAAGGCCAAGGAUCCCUCGAAGGUGAAACUCUUCUUCGAUCUUGUGCCUACAUAUGCAGGCACCACCGAGAAACGAAUCGCGCGCGCCGCAGCUCUUCUUUCAAGCAUCAAGCCUGGCGUGGGCUCCAAGCGUGUCACGCUACAGACGGAUCUGAGUGUCCCUUUGCUGGCAGGACAAGAUUUUGAUGUCAUUGGUUCGGUCAACUUCAACUUCCUCAUCAUAUCGCCAUUCCAGCAUCCGAACCUCAACAUCAGUGAAGAGAAGACAUACUGGACCAAGUCGUCUACAAUGGUCAUCGGUCACCGUGGCCUUGGAAAAAACGUGUCCGCCAAGACAUCUUUGCAACUGGGGGAGAACACGAUUCAAUCAUUCAUUACGGCAGCCAAUUUGGGCGCAUCGUAUGUUGAGUUCGAUGUCCAAAUGACUAAAGAUCACGUUCCGGUGAUCUACCACGACUUCAUUGUUAGCGAGACUGGCGCUGAUGUACCUGUUCAUACCUUGACUUUGGAACAGUUCCUUGCAUUGAGCGAUACGCCAAAGCCAUCACGGCCUGCCUCACCACCACAAGUGAACGGGCGACAUGAGCGGAACGGGGAUGGAGACAUUCGGCGCGUGCAACGAUCUUACUCGGUUGGAGCGCCGUUCAUCGAGGACACCAACGACAGGUUGAAGCACACGCGCGACUUCAAAAUGAAAGGCUUCAAAGGCAAUCGUCGUGGCGACGUCAUUCAAUCACAAUUCACAACGCUUGAGGAAAUGUUCCGGACAUUGCCAGAAGACGUCGGCUUCAAUAUCGAAAUGAAGUAUCCGAUGCUGUUCGAAUCAGUGGAGGAAGAGAUGGACACCUAUGCUGUCGAGCUCAAUUUGUUCGUUGACACAGUGUUGAAGAUGGUCUACGACCGACGCAAGAAGCGCAAUAUCGUCUUCAGUUCAUUCCAUCCGGAUAUCUGCUUGCUUUUGACAUUCAAGCAACCUUCGAUACCGGUGCUUUUCCUUACCGAUGCCGGAGUCUCACCUGUUGGCGACAUCAGAGCAUCUUCACUACAAGAAGCUAUCCGCUUCGCUUCCCGCUGGAAUCUCCUCGGCAUUGUCAGCGCAGCGGACCCCUUCGUGCUCUGUCCCAGCCUCAUCAACGUCGUACAAUCUUCAGGCCUUGUCUGCGUCAGCUAUGGUACUGCGAACAACGAUCCAAUACACAGCAACCUCCAAGCAGAGUGGGGCAUCGACGCCGUCAUCGUGGACAGCGUAGCCCGUGUGCGAAAGGGCUUGACGGAGAAAGUCACAAAUGGCGCUGAAAUUGCAUCGAAAAAAGCACAAGUCAACGGCGUCAGUGAAUUGACAAAUGGUCUUCAAAAUGGUCUCACCGUUGCUGCGGAUCACGAACCGAGACCGAAUUCUACGCAUUAGAAGUGCUGUGAUCGGAGAGGAAGAGAUAUGAAAAGGUGGUCUUUGCUCAAUGGAGCUUUUGUACGAGUGUGAGAAAGAGAAGAAGAAGAACAGGACUUCAGUUAUUCGUUUGGAAGAAAAGAUACGCUCAGUGAGUUGCUGCAGGACCAGACAGGAAUGUGGCGCGCACGAUUCAACAUGCGCCCAGUCAUGUUUGAUUUUUCCUCCUUGUCGGAAAAUCGCACUGAAGUGCUCGGUACGGUUUUUGUUCGGGGUGGGAAAGGGACUUGUACUUCGGGUUGGCGUUGGUGCGGAGAUGAUUGCUAUGUCCUGAUGUUGUAUUCCUUCGAGAUGUCUGGAGCUGGAGGUGCUCGCGAUUCUCCCGAAUGGGAGCCGCUUGAGCUUCGAAUCGAAACCGAUGUAUGUUGUGUCGUGGCCUAUUGGAUGAGCUUAAUGAUGAACGUAGAGUGAAACAAGAGAUGAAGAGA